CCCGGAAGCAAUGCCAAAGCGGAGCACAGCGCGCGCUGCACAAGGUCAAGGGAAGAAGAGAGUUCUAGUAGUAGUAGUAGAGGUGUAGGCAGUAUUUAGCACCCAGCAUGCAGUAGGUUUACCACUACACCACUGCACCAGUACACGACCGGUUAGACUUGAGUACGACCUCGCAUCCUGUCGAGUCCGCUGUCGAUCAAUAGUUGUAGUUGGGUUGUUCAGUAGGGAGUUGUUGUCGUGCGCUCGGAAGAACAGUUACUGUUCCUCGCCUAAUGCUCUGUGGCGCUCGCCUCGCCUGAAAUCGAUUUGAGGCGACGGUUGAUUCCUCGCACGCUACAGCUGCUCCAAGCUCGCUGUUCAAGGGAAAUCACUCUUGUGCAGUGUGGGUACUCUGAAAUUGACAAGAACACGCUCGGUGUGACAUCGCGGCAUCAAGGUGAGCCAUGGGCAACAACGACUCGAAAAAUAUUCCCCCGGACAUGGAGGCGCAGCUGAUUGAGCAGACCUCGUUCACCAAGAAGGAAUUACAGGAGUGGUACAAAGGGUUCAGGCGAGACUGCCCGUCCGGUCAGCUGAGCGCCGAUGAGUUCAAGAACAUCUACUCGCACUUCUUCCCGUUCGGCGACGCUUCCAAGUUCGCCGAGUACGUGUUCCGAACGUUCGACAGCGACGGCAACGGCAAGAUCGACUUCAAGGAGUUCGUUCUGGCCCUGUCGAUCACGUCACGUGGUACGCCGGACCAGAAACUGAAAUGGGCGUUCAGCAUGUACGACCUGGACGGCGACGGCGAAAUCUCCAAGGAGGAAAUGCUCGAGGUGGUGGAGGCCAUCUACGGAAUGAUCGGCCCAAGCGUCAAGAUGCCCGACGACGAAUCGACGCCGCAAAAGCGCAUGGAGAAGAUCUUCCGGGAGAUGGAUAUCGACUGCAACGACCGCUUGUCGCUCGAAGAGUUCGUGCAGGGAGCGAAAAAGGAUCCGAGCAUAGUGCGCCUCUUGCAGUGCGACAACGUCGGUAGUACGGAUCAGGGCGAUGCGGCCGCUAGCCAGUAGCGUAUUGCGCGCCCUGCGUAAGAUUAUUGGUCGACAGUGUUGCGCCAGCAUGCAGUCCGCCUGUCGACCCUUGUUCUGCUGUCGUCAGCUGUCGACCUUGGCGGAACGGCAUGACACCUCGCAGCUCGGCAGCUGAUACCGACUCGUGAUCGCACUCACCGCGUUUCGCCGGCGUGUUCUUUGUCUGCUCUGUGUGUAUCAUGGUGCGUUGUGAACCUCGGAACAGGUGAGAGGGUGAUCUGUGACAGUGUGACGGUGUGACGGGGCUUCACUGACAGUAAUGACACGUCGUGUACAUGUGCUGAGACGAUUUGCCCCAGCCCCCGAGAAUCAUGUUUAUUUGCCGAUCAUUGUAAUUUUGUGCAUUUUUGUCCCAGCAGCGAUAGCUGCUUUGUUGAAGGAAUAAGGCAUAUUUUGCGAGUCUUGUAAGCUCCUGCUUGUCAUGUUCUGCUUUCAAACUUUGUCUCUGUUGUAAAGAAUAAAAAGUCAACCACGGUUUUGUUUCAGAGCAAUCGUCUUUCAGCAGCUUUGUAGCAUUCGAGAGACGGAUGGCCUGAGGGAAAAGUUCCUGGGCUGUAUGUGGCUGCAAUGGCGAAUGUUAGUGUUGGUCCUGCUGGAAGCUGACCUGAACGUGUUGUUGCUCUGCGUGUUUAUCGAUCGUUUCGUUCCGGGCGUGUUGCUGUAAGUACGCGACCUCACAUGUGCAGCACGGUCAAGUACCGGCAAUGCUGUUCAUUCUGUACAUACAUCUACCUACUAGGUCUACCAGGUUUACCUGUACUGCACUGCUGUCUGGAGUUGAUAGAGAAGUGCCAGGCAUUGGACCAGUACAGUCAUGAUCAUUUUUACUUUUUAGUGAGUGACGAAUGUAUUGGUGUUUUGUAGUUUCGUAGCGCGCUGUGUUCAAAUAGUAGUGUUUCAACAUCUGCCUCUCCAUCUUAUUUGAACAACCCUGGCCUUGGCUGUGAGAGUUGUCUACAUUGUGCAAUGCAUUGGCUACAUUGUUCAGCUGUUGUCCACCACCACCAUGAUGAUGAUGAUAAUGAUGAUUAUGCAAUACCAUCCAGAAAUGAAUACAAUGUACAAUCAUUCAGCAAUGAUGCCAACCAGCCUGUUAAAUUAA